AUGGAAUAUGGAAGUGACAUAUCAGAACUAGAGACGGAGAAACAAACAUUACAGGGUCAGAUAAACUCCCUCAAAAAGACUAAGGAGGAAAUGUCAUUUACUAUGGAUGGUCUUCAUAAGGACAUCGAAAGGUUGAAAGGGAACUUAGCGAAAAAGGAUGAAGAAUUCCACAAAAUCAAAAUGGAGUUGGAAGAAUGUCAGCGCGUUAAAAGGAAAGCAGUUGUGAUGACAUUAUUGCGGAGCAGCCGCAGUGGUUUGGGCAAAACCAUGGUAGACAUGGUUAUCAAGGAGUUGACAAGAUACCUAGAGGGACGAUUCGACUCAAACAGCACUGAUAUUUCUAUUGUACUCUGUGAAACAUCAACGAAUGCAUCGAAAGGACCUUUGUUCGUGCUAUGCCUGAAUAUGUCGAGAGUCGGUACAAAUAUACAGGACGCCCUGGAAGGUACAAAAAGUCAUAGAGACGUAUAUGUCCUCGUACUUCAUCAUACCAACAAGGACAAUUUGUCUGAGAUGACACCAACGAGUCUGCGUGUGACCGGAAGUGAAUUACGUCAAUUAGGUGGGAUCAUUGACAUGGCGUUCACCAGUGAAAACGGGUUGUACGAAUGCGGGCUCAAUAAUACUGCUGUCGACAAAAUAGUAACUGCUCUGAAGAGAUAUUGA